UAUUAUUAGUAGUAGUAGUAGUAGUAGUAGGAGUAUUACCAUCAUCAUUAUUAUUAUUAUCUGGACUCACAUGAUUUGAACUCUGCAACAAUAAAUUAUCAGUCAAUCAAUCAAUCAUCAAUCUUUGGAGCUGGCAGAGGUUCCAAGAGUGCCACCAGGACCCACCCAAGACCAGGACCGAGCCAUCAUCAUUAUUUCAUCACCUGUUGGCUGGCUGGUUGGCUCAACUUGGCUGGCACCGCAUCACCUCAGUUCACCUGGAGGGAGGGAGGGAGGACGUGAGGCCGCCUACACGCAGAGGAUAAGUUUGCCACAACUUUCAUCCUCCUUCAUCACUGCUUUGAUCUCGGGAGCAUGAACACCGGCCAGGAGCCAUACACCAUGAGACCAGUGUUGAGGUCAUCCUGCCAGUAUCUACUCAGGCUGGCAAGGGCAAGUGGGCCCCCUGAGCUGCAUUCCUGGUAGUGUCCUGCCAGAAGUGGCAUCACCCCUCGCCGUCCUCUCAGGCAGGAAAUGGUUGUUCUACAGUCUGCAUAUGAACUUGAUGGCAUUGAAGAAGGGAAGAAAAAUUAUAGUUCUUCACCCUCGAUAUGGGAGCAAACAGUAUCAUGGUGCAGGCACCACCUCCACAUCCCUUUCACAUUCAAGGUUGCCUACUACAUCACCACCUGUUUGUUGUUCUCCACCAUCCGGUAUUAUGUGGAUCUGCCUCAUAUAGAGGCCAUAACAGGAAGACAGAGCAUUCUCAACCAGGUGUUUGUUAAGAAGGCGUGGGGCAUCACUUUAGUUGUGUUUUCUCUGUACCGCAUCACUUCUCUCUUCUUGCGGCCCAAGUUGCGAGUUGACCUCAAGCAGUUCCUGGUCCGCUCUGCUGUCACAACGUUAUGUUUCUUCUUUUGGUGUCAGGCUAUUUUUCCUGUCAUCGAUGACUUCUCAUCAACUUGUAUCGCUGGGAACCAAACUCUUGCAUUGUCUAAAUAUGAAUGCCUGAGUAAAGAGGGCCGGGAAUACCUCUCCUUUGACAUCUCUGGACAUGCAUUCCUCCUAACCUUCUGUGUACUGGUCAUGAUGGAUGAGAGCAAGGAAAUUCUCUACUUCCUCUGGCUGGGAAAAUGGCUGUUUGGUGAAGCUACACAAGAUAAGACAGAGGACAGCACCUGGCCUACUUUAGAGGAAAAGGCAGCAAAGUCCUUGAGGAAAUGGUUUCCUUUGUUAUCCCCAUUAGUAGCCAUUACCUUCCUGAUCAUGUGUGCCCUUGCGUUGUUAUGGGAUUUUAUGAUUCUGAUCACUACAUUGUACUACCACUCAUUUGCUGAGAAAGGGGUUGGGACUGCAUUAGCUCUCUUGUCAUGGGGACUUAUUUAUAGAGCUGCAUUUCCCAGGCUGUUCAAGUUGAGAGUGCUAGGAACGUAGUAAUAACAUUAUUUUGUUUACUGUAGGGACAUAAGUACAUAAUUUUUCACUUGUUGAAAUGCCAAUCAGAUUAUUAGUUAGAAAUUUUAUAUAUAUUUAUAGUUUGUGCCAGUUCUCUUUUAAAGAGGUUGACAUUAGCAAGGGGAUGAGACAAGAAAAAGAUGCUGCUGCUGCCUUAUAGCAGCUUUCUGCCAUGACGAGAACAAGGCCAACACAUGCAGGCAUGUAUCAAGCCUUUUAAAAUUAGCAUAGUUCUGAUAGCAGAUUGAAAGUGCAUAGUCAAGCAGCAAAAUUCUCAAGGAGGAUGUAGUAACAACUUGUAAAUAAAAUGCAGACUCAGGCAACAGUAGUUUUAAGGAGAAUAUUUUUAUACUAAUAAAUAUUUGUUUUCAUUUGAUUAAGGAUCAAAUGAUAUUUAUUCUGGUGUACAAAUACAUGACCAGAGAUUUUGGACUAGCUAAUUGUAGUUAUAUUUUAACUUACUCAUAGUCAUUAUUAUAAUAUUAUGUAACAUCACAAUGUUAGUAGCUUUGCUCUUAAACUAAUUAUCUUGUUACCCAUU